AGAGGAGGGGGAGAAGAAAGAAGAGGAAUUAAAAAAGAAAAGGAAGAAAGAGACAGGGAGGGAGGAGGGAGAGAGCGAGCGAUAAAAAAAGAAAGAUGACAUCCUCGCCAUUGAAGCGCCGAGGUGGAGCGGUAGGCUGCGGCCCGGCGCAGACGCUCUCCGCCGGGGUCAGGGCUUGAACCAGACACCGAGGCUUCGAUAGACACCCGGUCGGCCUAUUGGGGAAAUCGCGAAAAUAGAUUCAUAUAUUAAAAAGCAUGAACUGCUAUUGUAUCAAAUGCGUUUGUUAACACUCCAAUUAUACUAUUAAGAUUGCGUGAAUGCAUCAUUUAUUUAUAUUGGAUGUAUAUGUAGUAUAUCGUUAAAAAUAUAUGUAAUCACACAGAAUUUUCUGGUUUGUUUAUUUUUUUACGUUCUCUUUAGUGUCAAACGCCUCGUUUUGAUUAUUAUGCUUUGACCGCUUCUAGUAAGAAAGCGGACUGAGAAGGAGAUAGGCCGUUAUUAGAGCUGGUUGCUUUCCUGGGCCUGGCCCUCGGCGACAACCCGGGUUUUUCUGUCCCUCUGAGACGCUUUGGAGAAGACUGUCGUGUCUGCGACUCUGAAGGCGGCUCUUUGCCCCGCUACCGUCGGUGUUUCGAUCGGAGAAUGCGAACGGUCUGUUCUCACAUCUCGAACGGGACCGUUUAACGUUUGCUGACUCUUCAUCUGCAUCGCUCUGCUGCAAAAUGGAUGCUGCGUGGAGCAAUUUCCUCUUCCAGAAUACUCCCACCCAAAACCAAGUGGAGGGCAGCCUCCAAUCAGAGCUGAUGUCGGUGCACGGAAGCUCCCAGAGCCCACCUCCGGAGCACAUGACCCAGCCCCCCUCCACAGUGGACACCGCUGCGCUCAACGAAGACCCCCCGCCAGUGAAGGUGGCCCCGCGGCCGGCCCGGGCGUCCCACGUCUGCUCCAUCUGCAACAAGCAGUUCAAGAACAACUACAACCUGCGGCGCCACCAGUCGGUGCACACCGGGGUACGCAUGACCCACAGGCCCAAGGAGACCGCGGGUGGGGGGAGGUCCGAAAGGCAGACCGUCCCGCUCUCCCUCCUCCAUCUAUCCAUGGUCCCCCCCCUCGCGUCCCAGCAGCCCCCUCUGGCCGGGCUGGACGGGGAGGGGGGGGUGGCCAUGACCGCCGUAGUGGCUAGCGCUAACCCCCCCCACAAUCUGGCUCCCGCCGCUGCCGCGGUCGUCAUGGGGACGGGGGCGACAGGACAGCGUCCCGCCAACCCCAGCCCGGUGAGGAAGAACCACGCGUGCGAGACGUGUGGGAAGGCGUUCCGGGACGUCUACCACCUGAACCGCCACCGUCUGUCCCACUCGGACGAGAAGCCGUACUCCUGUCCCAUCUGCCAGCAGCGCUUCAAGAGGAAGGACCGCAUGUCCCACCACGUCCGUUCCCACCAGGGGGGCGUGGAGAAGCCCUACAUAUGCCCCCACUGUGCCAAGGCCUUCUCCCGACCCGAUCAUCUGAACAGCCACGUCAGACAGGUCCACUCGUCUGAAAGGCCCUUCAAAUGCACGACGUGCGAGUCGAGUUUCGCCACCAAGGACCGUUUGCGAGCUCACAUGAUCCGUCAUGAGGAGAAGGUGCCGUGCCACAUCUGCGGCAAGCUGCUGUCGGCUGCUUACAUCACCGAUCACAUGAGGGUGCACAACCAAUCACAGCACCACGCCUGCCACCUUUGCAACCGCAGCUUCACCACGCUGACCUACCUGCGGGUCCACGCCCAGAAGCACCACGGCCAGGAGUGGAAGGAGAGCGGGGGGGCGCUGGGCUCCCCGGCCGCCGGCGGCGUGCUGGUCUGCCAGCUGUGCGGCAUCCAGUGCAAGACCCCCACCCAGCUGCAGGGGCACAUGGGCACCCACAGCGCCUCGCAGGGGGCCCCCAGCCCGGACCCCUCCGGUACGGCGGCCAGCGGCUCCGUCUCCCUCGGCAACAUGGUGUCGGCGCCCGUGUACGUGAGCGGCGGCGGGGCGGACCUGCUGGUCACGGACUGCUCCAGCAUCGCCGCCCCGCAGGCACACAGCUAACGACCCAGCUCCGGCAAUGACCCCCCCCCCACCCCCUGGCCCCCGCCCCCCCGCGCCGGGACCUCUGACCACUGGAGCACCGCGACCCCUGAACCCGCCCAAACUGACCCUGGAGAACCCUGACCCCCCCGCCGUGGACGACCCCUGACCUCUGAGCUGACCCUUGGGGGUUAUCGAUGGUAAGACGGUGUGUUGGUGUACCGGGGGUCCUGGGGCAGGAACCCAUCCCUGCUGCAGAGGUGUGUGUGUGUGUGUGUGUUAGUGUCGGAGUGUGUGUGCGUCUCAGGGGGUGUGUGUGUGUGUGUGUGUGUGUGUGUGUGUGUCAGGGGUUCCACUGUGCGACUCUGAAGUCAGGAGAUAGAAUCCUACUGGAGGUUCCUUCACACAAAAAAAAAAAACAGGAAAAUGUCCGCUAAAUAUUUCUGAAUGCUUUCAAUCCUUAAAUAGACUUUAAUAGACCUGUACUGCGAGCAUCUACUGUAUGGCUGGAACCUGCUACACUAGGGAGAUCUUAUUCCCUACCAGCUCUUCCUCUUCCUCUCAUGCAGUGUUUCUCAACCUAGGGUCCGGAACCCCAGGCCUGCCGCUCGGCUCAACUCAGACCUUCUGGGACGUGAGAUUUAUAAUGACAUUGUGAAUAUCAAUGAUAGAGAGAAGUAUUUCAUUAAAAAAAAGAAACUAAGUAGAUGAAGUAGCGGCUGCCUGAUGAAUGAUAGCCGGGAAAGGCUCAGUACUAAACGUCUCUGGAUACGCUGCUCAGACUGUAGCCAUUAUUUCAUGCUGCUUCUUGCUCCAGGAGAUCGUUGGCUUAAAGGAAACCCAGCCCCCCCCCCCCACUGUUUGAGGUAGUCUCACAUAAAAUAAAAGCCUGCUGACUUAUAGUAGACUCUUUUAAUUUCAUUAAGGCGUGCUGAGGCUUUUGCCUGGCACAAGCCAAUCCCAUUUGCCACAAUCAGAUUUGGGCUGGUGAAGCCAGAAAGUUGUAUUUAUUACUUGGUCACUCAAAACCCUUAGUUGGCCAUAAGAGUCCAUAUUAACAUUGAAUCCUACAAUGCAGUAUUGGAUUAAGAUCUACCCAUAUUGCAUUACUAUGUCACCAACUACAUCACUGUUUUUCUAAACAAAGUCGAUCAAGGGUUUGAUUUCCCUUUUUUUAUUAUUCAAUUUUCCGUCCAAAUGUUUCCUUUUCAACUGUGAUAGACGCCAGCAUCUAGACGAGAACGGCUCUAGAAAUGUUUCUGUGUUUUUUUAAUAUUGAUCCACGAAAUCACAGAAACAAUUAGGUCUAACUUAAAGGAUUGCUGCGUGAUAAUGUACCUUGUUCCGAGAGAUGGAAGCUAGUAAAUGAAACUUGGAAAAUGCUCACGAGGAGUACUUUGGGAAGCGUCUUUAAUGUUUUCGCAAGAAAAACGCUGAGGCAGCAUAUGAAGACCAUUAGGAAAACCUGAGAUGAUCCUCCCCAGCUAGUUCCUGUGUGUCUUCGGUGUACGACCGCUGAGUCACUAAUAUAUUACCGGCAGCUCAGCUGUCGAUGUGCUGACUUGGCGCAUUGGGAGGGAGAUGCAGAUAAAUCGAAGAAGUCUGCAUUGCAAGAUUUAUUCCGAUCAAAAGAUUGGGGUUCCCGGCCGUAGGUAGAGAAGCACUGCUCUCUUUCAACCGUCUCUUACCGGAAAAUAAACACAAAUAACCUGUUAACUGAUUUGUUGGGACAUUAAAAGACUAGAAAACAAACAAAGGAGCUGGUUUAGGCCUUGGUCGAUCCAGUCUUGGAAUAUUCUAGCAGGCUAACAGCCUAUCCAGCAUGUUAGCCUGCUAGCAUAUCAGCCUACAAAUGUGUUGGCCCGCUUAGUUGUUAGCUUAAUGAGCGCUGUGUGUCCGAAAGAUUUUCAGAGGGGGGUUUGAAACCUUAAGUAUCGUUCAAGGAGGUGUUUCUCUGGAUUUAGCCAAUCAGCGAUGAGUUUGAAGAUGUCUGUUUUUAUAGAUGGAAAACCAUGGGAUGUAAUGUUAUGUUUGCUGAUGAUGGUACUCACAAGGUUAGUCCAAUCUACUUUAGGAGUGUGAGGCACCUUAAAUUGGUAGUCAGUCAGAAAAUGGAAUAUUGUUUUUCAAAUUAAAUGGUUUAAAGGUUUUAUUUCUCCCUAGUUUUGGGCCUAAACAUGUUGGAAAAAAAAUCAGAAAAAUAUUUUCAGUAUGAAAACUUGUGACUUGGCAGCACUACUUGCUCCUGAGAAUCCACCUUUUGCAUGAAAUCCAGCCUAGUCAUUGUGCAUACAGCGGGGAUGCUAAGCUAAAACAGUCACAUCACUUAAUCUGUUAACAGUUAUUUUAUAGAAGUCUUGUUGUUUUAAUUGAACUUCACCAUUGCAUUGCCAUUGAUUUGAUUGUAACUGUCCAUUGCCAUUGUUGUUUUUAACUCGUGUGUUCCAGUGGGGUGGGCUGCAUUAUGGAUCAGUAUGUACAGCGCAGCCUUUCAGACGCACCUCACCCCCUGACGCCCCGUUCCCUCCCCCCCCCCCCCGAUACUCACCAUCACCAGGGGUGCGUUGGGUUGUUUGGUCGCCGUGUCCCAGUUAUUGGGACAGGGCUUAGAAAGUGUUUCAUAAGAGUUUGAUCAUUUCACGUCUGUAUGGUAUCUUAAAUUUAGUAGUUAUUUAAUUUCUCGAGAUGUUAUUCCUGUUGAGAAAAAACGGUAGUAAUUUUAACAUUCAUUUUGGGGGAUUUUUACAUGACACUACUAAAAUUUAAUACCUCUACCUUUUAGGAACUUGUACAGCUAGCGAUACAUCUUAAUGCCUUAUCGUACUCAACUGCUUUUUAAUUCUUUAAUUCUCAAAUAUUUUAAUUCUUAGUCAUGGAUUCAUUAAGAAUAUUAAAGGGGUGUAUUUAUAUUUAUAUUUUUAUAUUUCUCAACAGUAUGCAUGUCUAUAAACAGUUCUUAUGCUUACCACUCAUAAAUGUUAUGUUAUUUGUAGAUGACGUAGGGAACAUAUUAUUUUGUAAUUUUGACAAUUAAAAUUAAAACGGUUAAAAAUGUU